AUGCCACAGCUCUGGUCCUUCCUGAAAAACAUCCACUUCAACAACAGUGCUGGGGAAGAAAUCUCUUUUGAUGAGAAGGGGCAGCAGGCAGGCGGCUAUGAUCUCCUCAACUUGGUCACAUUUCCCAAUGAGUCCUUCCAGAGAGUCCGAGUGGGGAGGGUGGACCCUCAGGCCCCCCCAGGAAAAGAGUUCACAGUGGAUGGAAGUGCCAUUGCAUGGAAUCCCAAGUUCAAGCAGAUACUGCCCAUUUCCACCUGUGUUGAGAGCUGCCACCCUGGACAGAGUAUGUUUGCCCAGCAGGGAAAGCAAAUGUGUUGCUAUGACUGUGUUCAGUGCCCUAAAGGGAGGAUUUCAGUCCAGAAGGAUGCAGAUCAGUGUGAGAAGUGCCCAGAUGAUCACUACCCAAAUGCCUUUCAGGACCAAUGUAUUCCAAAAACCAUAAGCUACCUAUCCUAUGAGGAGCCCUUGGGGGCAAUUCUGGCUUCCUUGGCUCUCCUGCUUUCCCUGGUCACACUUGUUGUGAUGGGAACCUUCGCUCUGCACUGGAACACUCCCAUUGUCAAAGCCAACAACUGGGGCAUCACCUGCACCUUGCUCUCUUCUCUGCUUCUCUGCUUUCUCUGCUCCUUCUUAUUCAUUGGCAGGCCUACAAAGGUGACCUGUGUCUUGAGGCAAACCGUCUUUGGCAUCGUCUUCUCCAUUGCUGUUGCUUGUGUGUUAGCCAAAACCCUUACUGUGGUUUUGGCAUUCAUGGUGACCAAGCCUGGGAACAGCCUGAGGAAAUGGCUUGGGAAGAGGCUGGCAGGAUCCCUGAUCACCUUCUGCUCUCUCAUUCAAGCUGGCAUCUGUCUUGGGUGGCUGGCAUCCUCUCCCCCAUUCCCAGAGUUUGACCUGCACUCCCAGGAUGGGCAAAUCAUAGUGCAGUGCAAUGAAGGCUCAGACAUCAUGUUCCACCUGAUUCUGGGCUACAUGGGUCUUUUGGCCAUUGUCAGCUUCUCUGUGGCUUUCUUUGCCAGGAAGUUGCCUGAUACUUUCAAUGAAGCCAAGCUGAUUACCUUCAGCAUGCUGGUCUUCUGCAGUGUUUGGCUGUCCUUUGUCCCCACUUAUCUGAGCACCAAAGGGAAAUACAUGGUGGCUGUGGAGAUCUUCUCCAUCUUGGCCUCUACUGCUGGAUUAUUGGGUUGCAUCUUCCUCCCCAAAAUCUUCAUCAUUAUACUUAGGCCUGAGAUGAACAGCAAAGAGAGAUUAGUAAGGAAGAAGGAGGACCAUAGUUGA